UUCAUAGUGUGGUGCAUUCCGGGAAAAAUCCAAUAUGGCGGAACCCGUUUAGUAAGCGUGCGGUUCCUUGAGGGCGACAAAUAUUGCGGGCUCGAUGGCGUCGUCGUGGCUGUUCCUAACGGCCGCAAGGGGCUUGUUAAGCCGCAGCUUCUUCUCUCCCCAGGCUUGUAGGCUGUCCAGUACUGGUAAUCCGUACCCAUUCCGCGUGAAGGAGCCUCCCAAGCCCAAACCAGUUGAUCGAUGGACAGAAAAACGAGCCCUGUUUGGGGUCUAUGACAACAUUGGAAUUUUGGGAAACUUCCAGGCUCACCCCAAGGACCUGAUCAGAGGCCCUGUAUGGUUACGUGGCUGGCGGGGUAAUGAACUGCAGAGAUGCAUCCGUAAGAAGAAAAUCGUGGGUGACCGGAUGUUCGUAGAGGAUUAUAAGAACCUGAACAAACGGAUAAGGUUUUUGUACAGACGCUUGAACCGAACCGGGAAGCACCGCUAAGAAUGCCCCACAAGGAGUGAUGGAUCUGUGAAAGUAUUCCAGUUAUUUUAACCUGUGAGUUUCCUGGUGACAUUCCUCACUGUCCAUCGACUUCUGUUUCUUCCGCCAGUGUACUCCUGCGUAGCCCACCUACUGCCCUAAAAUGCCAUUUGUGAAUGUUGUUAUAUGAAAUGUACAAAUAUAGCAGUUUUCAGACUGGCUUCUUCUGCAGAAUGGGGAGGGUCUUGAUUCCCAUCUUUUAUUGCAUCUUGGUCACGCAGGGGGUGCUUCCUUUCCUAUUGCAUUGCAUAUUCUGUUCCCAGUGCAGAAGCCACCAACUGGAUGAAAUCAUGC